ACUCACCUGCUCGUCCAACGAAUAUCCUUCCUUCUCCCGCUCAUCCACUGCCGCCAUUCUCCCUUGCGCGCGCCGCCGUCAUGGCCGCCGCCGCCGCAGCAGCAGCAGCCGGAGGAGGCUUGCUCCACCUGAAGGCCUCCCGUGUGCCGCAGCCGCAGCCCUCCGCUGCCGCGCUUCCUCGCCUUCGUUGGGCCCCGUGCGCGGCGCGGGGACCGCGGCGGGGACGGCGGCGCGCGGUGGCGGCGGAGGAGGCGUCGUACACCGGGCCCGAGGAAGAGCUCCUCGAGGCGCUCGUCGGGGUCCAGGGACGCGGGCGCGCCGUCGCGCCACGCCAGCUCCAGGAGGUGGAAAGGGCUGUGCAGGCUCUGGAAGCACUGGGAGGUUUGCCCGAUCCGACAAACUCAAGUUCAAUAGAGGGUAGUUGGCAGCUCAUAUUCACUACGAGACCAGGGUCGGCAUCCCCUAUUCAGAGGACAUUUGUUGGAGUUGACUCUUUCAAGAUCUUUCAGGAAGUUUACCUUAGAACAGAUGAUCCCAGGGUGGUCAAUGUUGUGAGGUUUUCAGAAUCAAUUGGUGAACUGAAAGUAGAGGCAGAAGCAACUAUUGAAGAUGGAAAGCGAAUUCUUUUUCGAUUUGACCGAGCAGCAUUCAGCUUCAAGUUUUUGCCAUUUAAGGUUCCAUACCCAGUUCCCUUCAAACUUCUUGGAGAUGAGGCGAAGGGUUGGCUUGACACUACAUACCUGUCUCGAAGUGGGAACAUACGUAUUUCUAUGGGAAACAAGGGAACCACAUUUGUUCUCCAGAAAAGUGCAGACCAACGGCAAAUGUUGUUGUCAGCGAUAUCCGCAGGGACAGGUGUGAAAGAGGCUAUAAAUGAUCUUACUUCAAGCAGACAAGAAAGUGAAGCUGAUUUGAACACUCUAGCAGGAGAAUGGCAACUAUUGUGGGUCUCAGAGAGUGAGGAUGAAAGCUGGUCUUCUGUUGUGUCUGCUGGUUAUAAGGGUUUCCAGAUCAUAAAAGAAGAUGGACAGCUGAACAAUUUGGUAAGACCUUUUCCAGGUGUCAGCCUCAAUGCAAAAGGCAGUAUAUCCAAAAAUGGGGAUGGAAAUAUCUUUAGUGUGUCCAUGAAUGAAGGAACUGUUCAAGCUGGUGGGUUGCAGUUUCCCUUGGAUGCUCGAGGAGAGUUUGGCAUGGAAAUCUUGUAUGUUGACAAUAAGAUAAGGAUAUCUAAUAUCAACCAACACAUGCUUGUCCAUUUACGGAUUGCUGGUAGAACAUAAAUGCUUAGCUUCAUCGAUGACAAUCCCUGGAUUUUAUGUAAUUGGCUCUAAUGAUCGAAUGUACACUUUGUAUAGCUGAACUAGUACAACACUAAGAUUGCUGUAAUUAUGAAUCAACAUGAGCUUUGCAUGUACUCAAAUCAUGUUAUCUAAAAGUGCAAUUCUACACCUGUUUUAGUCAUGGCCAUCAUGACGAGUUAAUGAUAUAUAUUAUAAGAAUAAUGUCGCGUUUCUGA